AUGAUUCCAACAGCACGGUGCCUGUCGGCCGGACAGGGCUUCUUUAAACGAAGCGCAGAAGAACUGAGUCGUCUGGGGAGAAUAGCUUGGAACACCGAGACCCUCCACAUACCGACCAAGCCAUACGUCCUGCUCGAUUUUGAAGAUGAAGAGACCAUACGCGGCUGCAAGACAAUGGCCGAUCGCGCCGUAGGAGGCUUCAGCACCGCCAGUCUCGAUUACGAGCCGGCCGAUCCCUCCUCACCCACCUCACCUUCCCAUGCGCGCUUCCACGGCACCAUCUCCACAAAACUCCCCGCAAACUGGACAGUCGAACGGACCGGAUAUGCCGCUUUCCGCAACAAAGACCGCGGCUUCUGGCUUUUCGGCCGUCUCUUCUGGGACGUCGACCCAUACACCUACCUCGCCUUGCGCAUCAAGUCCGACGGUCGGCGAUACACCGUGAACGUGCAAACGGACUCCGUCAUCCAGACCGACAUCCACCAACACAGACUCUACACCCGGCAUCACCGCGUGCAGGGCGCAUCGCCUGUGCGCCAACAGGCUACCUACACCCAAGCGUCAGACUCGCCCGAGCUGAAUCAGGAGUUAUACCCGCGCGGGAUCCCCUCUGCUCUGUCUGACGUGCCCCCCGAAUCAACUGUGGUUUCUUCAUCGUCCAGCGCGACCACCGCUGGCUCAACGGGCUGGGAGACUGUUCUGCUGCCCUUCCACUCGUUUGUGCGGACAAACCAUGGCUACGUGGUUGAGCCGCAGACUUCCCUUCUGCGGCAGAGGGUGAAGAGUAUUGGGAUUGGGUUGACGGACCGGAUCGAGGGGCCGUAUGAUCUGCGCAUCCACAAGAUCUGGGCGACGAAUGGGAUGAGCGAGGCGGAGGCGGACGAGGAGCGCCGCAUCUGUGGCGCCCAUGCUUUACCCGUGGAUGAAGGUGUCCGGACGGGCUGGACGGGGUCUGGCGAGAAGUCUGCUGAGCCCCAUGAGCAGCAAAAAGAGACUGGUGGAAAGGCGAAGGGACUGAAGGGACUAAAGUCGGAGUGGGAUUAG